GGGUUUUAGCCCAAGGUAGAGAGCGGGAUUCCAGCGGGCGGCGCUUGGAGCAGGUGGAGAGGCAUCCUCUUUCCCGCUGUUGCUGCUCUUCUUCCUCCAAUCCUGGGUCUCAGUCAGGGAAGGACGAACAUUCUUCCUUUGCUGGUGGAGCUUUAGAGAAUUGUUGCCCAGCACCUAGGCACUUCAGACAUUUCAUCUCACUCAUUUUUGUAAUUUCACUCUAAAAAUCACCUGCACAUUUAUAACCCUGUGACUCUCCCCUUCUGCUCAAUGCUGAGAAGGGGUCCGCAUACUGCAGGGAGCUGUCUAAGGUGCUGAAGCUUCCCAAGCAUCAGUCUACACCAACACCAUGCGGGGUUAGAUUGCACAUUUUCAUUCUGUCUUUCUGGUUCCCCAUGCCUUGGAUAAGACUAUUUUCAGGAUCGUGAAUAUCUCUCCGUAUCAUGGCCCACGUGAGACACUUUCGGACAUUAGUUUCGGGAUUUUACUUCUGGGAAGCAGCACUGUUACUCAGUUUGGUUGCCACAAAGGAAACAGAUAGUGCAAGAUCUCGAAGUGCUCCAAUGUCACCUUCUGAUUUUCUGGAUAAAUUAAUGGGGAGGACAUCAGGAUAUGAUGCAAGAAUCAGACCCAAUUUUAAAGGCCCUCCAGUUAAUGUCACAUGCAACAUAUUCAUCAACAGCUUUGGCUCUAUCGCAGAGACAACCAUGGAUUACAGAGUGAAUAUCUUUCUUCGCCAGAAAUGGAAUGAUCCCCGCCUCGCGUACAGUGAGUAUCCUGACGACUCUUUAGACCUCGACCCCUCCAUGUUGGACUCCAUUUGGAAACCUGAUUUAUUCUUUGCCAAUGAAAAGGGUGCCAACUUUCAUGAAGUCACUACAGACAACAAAUUGCUAAGAAUUUUCAAAAAUGGAAAUGUUCUUUAUUCAAUAAGAUUAACAUUAACACUUUCCUGUCCAAUGGAUCUCAAGAAUUUUCCCAUGGAUGUACAAACAUGUAUAAUGCAACUGGAAAGCUUUGGGUACACAAUGAAUGAUCUCAUUUUUGAAUGGCAAGAUGAGGCACCUGUACAAGUGGCAGAAGGACUCACUUUGCCCCAGUUUCUGUUGAAAGAAGAAAAAGACUUACGAUACUGCACUAAACAUUACAAUACAGGAAAGUUUACAUGUAUAGAAGUGAGAUUCCAUCUGGAGCGACAAAUGGGAUACUAUCUGAUCCAGAUGUACAUUCCCAGUCUCCUGAUCGUUAUUCUAUCCUGGGUUUCGUUCUGGAUCAACAUGGAUGCGGCACCGGCCAGGGUAGCUCUGGGGAUAACCACUGUGCUGACGAUGACGACACAGAGUUCAGGAUCACGAGCUUCCUUGCCAAAGGUUUCAUAUGUCAAAGCUAUUGAUAUUUGGAUGGCAGUAUGCCUCCUUUUUGUGUUUUCAGCACUUCUGGAGUAUGCAGCUGUAAAUUUUGUAUCAAGACAACACAAAGAACUUCUGAGAUUUCGACGAAAGAGAAAGAAUAAGACAGAAGCUUUUGCAUUGGAGAAGUUUUACCGUUUCUCAGAUAUGGAUGAUGAGGUAAGGGAAAGUCGAUUCAGCUUCACAGCCUAUGGAAUGGGACCAUGUCUACAAGCAAAGGACGGCAUGACUCCAAAGGGCCCCAACCACCCUGUCCAGGUAAUGCCAAAAAGCCCUGAUGAAAUGAGGAAGGUCUUUAUCGACCGGGCCAAGAAGAUUGACACCAUCUCCAGAGCCUGCUUCCCAUUAGCUUUUUUGAUUUUUAAUAUUUUCUAUUGGGUUAUCUAUAAAAUUCUUAGGCAUGAAGAUAUUCAUCAGCAGCAAGAUUAAGUCUCUGGGGGCAUGCAAGUGGGUCAAUUCAGAGGAAAGUGUCUCUGCCAUAGGUGUGUGUGUGUAUGUGUGUGUGUGGUGUAUAAAUGAUGACCAUUGUAUUAAAAUGGUAUAUGGAAAAGGUUCGUAAUUUGGUUAGCUAUGCAAAGUCAUGAGAGAUAAGAUUCUUUUAAUGAAUAUAAAAUAUUUAUUAGGGGAUUCUAUUUCAUAUUAAUUCCCGGUGAUUUGUUUUUUUCACAGUAAACCAUCUAAGUGGAAGCUUUACUGCCAAUGUGUUUAUAUGUUAUAUAAUAUCUCAUAAUAACAGACACGAAAACUACUUUGGAAUUCCUUAAUUUGUAAUUCAAUGCUAUUAAAUCAUACAAAAGCAAAUUUUGCACAGUAAAUUUUAUGAAAGGAAAGGGGGGAAAUUAUAAAGAUAAUAAAAACCAAUAAUUUGAAUUUUAAAACUAUUUUCUUAUAGUAUAGUUAUGAAAUGGGAAAAUAAUUAGUUACAGUGGGAAAUUCACUCAUAUUAAUGGAGGAUUGUACAUAUAAAUACUAUUUAACCAAUAUAUGUAAUUUUGAAAAUUUUUAAAUAAGAGCAUUAAAAAACUUUAAUGGUUUGGAAUACUAAAUUUAAUUGUUUAGAAUAAUAAAUUUUCCUCUGUGCAAAUUUAAAACAAAUAACAUAAGAGAUCGUGUUACAGUCACAAUCUACUUUUCUUAAACUUUAUAUCUCUAGGAACGAAGGUGGAAAUAUGGAAAACAACUUUGUUUUCAAAUAAGUAUCAUAGCUAUGUAUUUUUAGUUAUUGCCAAACAUUGAACAAUUCAAGCCAGCACCUUGUUUUUGUUAGACUUUUAAUAGCUGCUUAACUGUGUGUGAUUGUGUUUAAUAAUUUGAUAUAACUGAACAAAAUUCAGUAAGACUUUUAUAUUUUAGUUUAGAAUGUGACUUUAAAAUUCAAUGGGAUUAAAGUAUUUACAUUUUGAUAAAAAUGAGUACAAUGAAAACAAAAAUGGAUUCAUGAAAGAUUUUUUAAUAAAAACAAUUUUCCCAGCAAUGUUUUAUGGGUCUCAACUCCUAUCUCCAAAUAUAAGGAGGGAAAGUUUUAGUUUUAAAUGAUAUAAGUAAGUCAUUUCUAUAAAGUGGGGACUGUUUUUCUAUUUCUGAAUUAAUGAUUUCAAAAUCUAAGCCAUUCGCAAGAUGAAAAUAAUUUUAAAUGAAAUUUUUAUGUAAAAUUUUUCAAUGACCCCAUGGGAGUACUUCAACAACAACAGAGCAUUAGUAACUUGUUUUUUGCAGUGUAAUUGGGUGCAAAUGUAUGAUAGAGUUCUUGGUAAACAGAACCAGACUCUGACUCUUUUUCAGUUUUGCUAUUUUUUUUUUAACUAUUUUUACCAUAAAUGUAUUUGGGAAAGCUUUGGAAUGCCUUUUAGGUAUUUUAAUUAUUGGUCAGAUGCACAAACUCAGUCUGCCAAAUUAUUUACAGAGAAAACUUUAAACACUAUGAAAACAAUGAACUCAGAUGUACAAUAGAAAAGCCAGUUAUUUAACGAGAUGCUGUUUUCUGCCCUUCAACCACUCUCAAAUUAAAAGCAAAAACUACCAUUUAAAACUAAAACCUUUACAAUGUUAUUAUACAUCAGCUUAUACAAUUGUAAUUUUUAAAAAUAACAUUUUAAAAAAUAGUAAAUGUUAAGCAGUUUUUGCUAGUAAAAUACCAAGUUCCUCUCCUUUAUAAGUAACUUAAAACAACACUAUAAGGAAAUAAUAUUAUGUUUGGCAUUAUGUGCAAAUGCCACAACUAAAAGAAUUUGUUACUCUCUAUGUACCCACGUUGAGGACUGUGCACGUGAAAAUUAAACACAUGCUUCUUCAUUUGGUGUGUAUUUAACAAAACCAUGGAAACAUAUUCUUGUGCUAAAGAUAGAGCAAGAUAUGUCAUUUGUAUUCCUUGAGAAUUAGCAGGAGAGUUCGAGGUAAUUAUAAGCUACGUCAUCUCGGUGUGUCUCUGAAAUACCUGAAUGUGUUUUUCUAUGCUUUCCACAUCUUAUUUCAAGUUUCCCAACAUUGCUUAAGUGAAUUCUGCCAGGAGCAAACAGAAAUAUAAUAAAUACAAACAUGCUUACUUCCAAAAGAAAUUCACAGACAUCACUUGUUUCCAUAUUUGAGAAUAUUAAAAAUGUGUCUUUUUUAAAUCUGAAAUUUAGAAAGUGAAAAUACCAAACAUGAGACAAUGUUGUCAACAAGGACGUUGGUGCAUUAGAAGUCUAUCUCAAAAGUAUUGUACUUUCCUUAGGCAUAGUUUUCCUUUCCUAUUACGUUUGUCACUGUCUUACUGCACUAAGAAAAUACUUUAACGGCUUUCACUCACAAGGCAACAGUGACAACGCACAUGUGGCUGAAUCCAAUAUGUUUAAAGGAAUGUGUCUCCUCCUAUGAACUCUUAUUGACCUUUUAAAACUGAAAAAUUACAUCGCAAUUAGCAUCCUGAGAUAAUAUUUGCCUCAGUAAGCCCUGUGUCCAACCAGAAUAUUUCAAAUUAAACCAACCAAAAAAUUAUUAAUGAUAAGAAAUUAAAAACGUGUGCAUAUACAUUAACUACACACAAAUUGGAAUUCCAAUGUGCAUAUUCUGAAGUAUUUUUAAAUAGCCACGUUAGAAAAUACGGGAUUUUUGUGUAUGCAGUUUAUAUCAUUUUCUUAAAAAGCAUUAUUUGUAUCUCAAUCAUUGAAAUAUCUGGUUCCAUAGCAUAUGAAUUUAUAGGCUAUUUUAUACAUUAGCAUAUAUGUUCUCAACCUUUUCUUUCUUUCCCAACCAUUAGAAUUAGACUUAAACCAUGAGGCUCUAGAACUUACUUUACAACUUUAAAUAGAUUCAAGAAUCACUGUAUUUGCAAGAAAGCUGAGGGUGUUUAAAACUUCUCUAACCCUUCCAAAAGUUUCUCCAUGGCACUUGCCUGGAGAGCCCAUCCAACUCUUGGUGGCUAUAUUAGGGAAUCAACCGGGCUGUUCAUCUUAUUCUAGAAUGAAUUCUUAUUCUGUUGAUCUAGUCCAAUAACUUUAAUCUUAAUUUGCAAUUAUAAGUGCUUGUAUAUUUGUGUAUCCCUAAGACAUGAAUUCAUGUAUUAGUUUAUGAAUACCCAGGAUCUCAUGGAAGGUAAGGGAAAUUUUAGAAAAAAAAUGAAGAAAUGAUCUAAAUGUUUAACAGAAGAGAGCAAGCUGUUCACUAUUUUAGUACUCAGUGCAACUUAAGUAGUUAUAAUAUUUGAAAAAAGAUUUAGAUGUAUCUUCCAUACUAUACACCCCUUUUUCUGAACAUUUAAUUCCACUUUUUAAAAUAUGCUUUUCUAUUUCUCUCAACACAACAUACUUCAACCUGCUGGUUACUUGGGAGGACUGAAUAUUAUACUGGCAGCUAAAUUUUUCUUUCAUCUAUAAAGUACACAUUCCAGGAAAUGGACAUGAGAGAAUACAAGAGACUUGCCAAAAUUGACAUAGAAAAUACUUGCAGUAUACUGUAAAUGGAAAACAAAGAAACUGACAACACCACGAUUCACAAGGGUCCCAUAAAAAUUUACAACACUCUAAUAACAAAAUUCUGAGAACAAAAAUGUAUCCAAUGAUCCUUAGACAGAUAGCAUUAACAGUCUUUGAGGUCAUGAUAUCUUCUACUCCAAAAGUGAUUCCACACUCUUUGCAACAUAGAUAAUAGCAUAAACUCCCAAAAUUCAACAGUAUAUAUGACCUGUAUUUUUCAUCUAGUUAAUAUUGAACUAGCAAAGAAAAGCAAACCAUUCCAAAUAUAAGACAAUCUGGUGUUAAUACAAUAUAUUAGAAGAUAUAGCGUAUAUGUUCACACGGAUUCCCUCCUGCGAAUAAAACACCCAUAAUACCCAUUGUAUCUUGUUCCUGAAUUAAGAGACAUCUGCCUCAGCAGAUACAUUGGUUUUUAUUUUCUUAUUUGUAUACUACAGUGGUAAACAUAGCCAUUGCAAUUUUUUCAUUGCUAUAUAAACUUUGCAUGAAUAAACAAGCAGUGUACACUGUAAAUUGCAUUAAUUUAAUUAACUUUAAAAUUAAACUUUUAUCUCAGCCCCCCUCCUCUUUAUAAACAUACUGAUAUUAAAAAGUGAACUUCCAUAGGGAGACACCUGGUACUCCAAUUACUUAAAAAGUAAAGUGAUGCAUAUUCUUCCAUAACAAAGAUACUUACAGGCCAUGUGUAAAAUAUAACUCCCUACAAUUUAAACGGAACUAGGACAGGGAAAAAUAUCCUGGGGAAGCUUCUUUGAGAUAUAAGGCCAAGAGAUAUAAUCCAAAGUUAGCAGCUAGGACCCACUUACCUGUUUUUUUUUGGUCUACAUUUUACAUCUUAAUAAUGCCUUCAUCUCUUCCCUUUCCCUCUCUCUCUCUCUCUCUCUCACACACACACACACACACACACACAUUGGUAAUGAGAUGAAUUCUUUCAGAUUAAAAAUACAAAGACAGAAAAUUUUCCUAGACAAAGGUUCAUAAUCCUGUGACAUGUUUUGCAAUAUUAAGUCAUUGCUGGUGGAAAAUAUGAACCAUGCAGUCAUUCGAUUUGGCCAGCUCUUGAUCAUGCAACAAUCUUUUGCCUCAAAAACACAUAAACAAAGCUAACUGGAUCAAGUCUUUAACCCUUAACAAUCGAAUUCUAAAACACUAUUUGAACCAUUUUUGAAGAACAGCUAAAUAAUUGUCAGAAAGCUUUUUCAAAAGACAGCUAAUAACAUAGGAUGACUUUGUAGUGUCCGAACAGGUGGUUUUCUCAGUACUUUUGAUGGUUAACACGUAAACAAAGAGGAGAAAUUUAAGGUGAUAGAGUAUUAUUUUUCAAAAGUGAUUCUGAACCCUGGCUAUGUAUUGGAAUUCCUUACACAUUUUUAAAAUGCAUACAUAUGCUUGGUAUCCAAUAUAGAAGAUUAUGAUUUAAUCACUGAUUAAACAAAUAUUCAUUGAGUACCUUAUGUGUGCCUGGCACUGUCCCAAGUGCUAAAUUUAUUAUCUUUGGAAUAAGAUAUGAAAUUGUGGAUGAUUGAAAAAAUUCCAAAACCGAGAGAAUUGAUGUGAGCUUACACAAGCUUGUUCUCCUAAUAAGGAUCAAUUUAACACUUUUUAAGUUUUAUAAUUUUUUCUUUCUUCAUGCAACUAAUUUUAGUUGUCUCUCAUUUAUAUUCUUAGAAUUAAAAAUAGACCCGGCCCGAUGGCUCACGCCUGUAAUCCCAGCACUUUGGGAGGCCGAGGCGGUCAAAUCACUUGAGGUCAAGAGUUAAGACACCAGUCUGGCCAACACGAUAAAAUCCCGUCUCUACUAAAAAUACAAAAAUUAACCAGGUGUGGUGGUGGGUGCCUGUAAUCCCAGCUACUCAAGGGAGGCUGAGGGGGAAGAACCACUUGAGCCCAGGAGAUGGAGGUUGCAGUGAGCCAAGAUCGCACCACUGCACUCCAGACUGGGUGACAGAGUGAGACUCUGCCUCAGAAACAGACAAAUGAAAAAAGAAUUUAAAAUAAACCUUUGAUGUGUUUCAGUUCAGCUUUCCUCUCAAUGUCAGAAUCUUCACUAUUACAUUAUCCACAUUCUCCGAGCACCCAAAGAGCAACUGGUAGCUCAUUACUCUGAGGACAGUCUUCUGUUCCAUUGUGGCAUAACUCUAGAUGAUAAAAAUGUUAAUCUUCAUCAAAAAAUGACUUUUCCUUCCUAAAAUACCAAGUAAGUUUAUUGCCCUCACAUAAGACAACCAGCAUAUAUUUUCACAUUUCUGUUGUCUGCGUUUAAGUUCAAUCAACCCCUUAUCACUAGCUUUAUUCUUACUUAAACCAUUCAUGAGAGCAUUGUAAGUGUUAAACAAUGAUGACACAUUUUCAGACUUAUAAAUAAUGAAAUAUAAAAUGAAUUAUCUACAUAGAUAAAUAGAAAUUGAUGAAAAUUUCUAUGUACAUUAUUUUCAGGAACUGUUAGUGUCUUCCUGUAAUUUAGCAAUAAAUUUAAAUUAAAUAUUUUUAAAUUUAUUUCAGAUAUGAAAAUAUUAUAUAAAACUCUACAAAGUAAUAUGAAUUAAAAAAAAACUAGCAGCAAACCAUAUUAACCAUAUGAUGUAUUUUUAGAGUAAAGCUAUAACAAAAGUACAAGGGAUUAAGUUGUUUUAUUUUAAUGGCUGCUUUUUCUCUGGGGUGGGUUUAGCAAUGGUGCCUUUGGGCAACCCCGCUCACAUACACAUUAUCCAGCCUGGCUGGUUAAUAGUAAGGAGUUGUGACUUAAAUUCCAGGAAAGGAUUCAGAUGUGAAGUUAUACUUGAAUAUGCUUGAAUAAUUUUGCACUUCUUCACUUUUUUCUCUAUGAAUUAUUCAAUGGUCAUUCCUUAAAUUUGUAUUUUAAUGUAUGAUAAAUGAUAAUACUGGGGGGGAGUAGAGUGAAGUACACUGACAUUCUACAGCUAUAAUAUGAUAUGCUAUGAAAAACAAAACAAAAAGAAAAUGUGCCAUAUAUUUUCCAUGUACCAUCUUUAUAUGAUAUACAGUGACUUCAUUAUUAGUGAGUCAAGUUGUUUAAAGAACUACCAAAAAAAGUAUUGCUAUUUUAUGGUUUUUAUGGUGUAAAUUAUUUUUCUGUCUUCUCGAGUCUUAUGUCUAUGUCAGUCUUCCUUGUCCAGAUACUGUCAUAUUUUUCCAGGAAAUUAUACUGAACAUAUACUUAAAAAUUUAUGCACGAUUUCAUCAACUUCUUUUUCAUUAUAUUUAGUUCAAUUUUGCAACUAACAAACUCUCUAUCAGAGUCAUUAACCUGUGAACAGUAUAAAUUAUUUAUCAUGUAACUGUAGAUAAUUUGAUCAGAAACAAUAAAAAUGAACACUUUUCAAGAAUA